AGCAUGGAGUUCCGAAGAGGAGAGCGCGUAAAUCUCAACUUCGACACCGGCGCCGUCGAGAAGCUCGAGCCCCAAGAACAGAAUGUGCUUCCUAUGCCCUCGUUCCCCUCCUUCGUGAGCGACAUCCAAGAGCGCGAUGCAGCACAUAUCACGCCUCCAGUCGCGCCCUCACUCAAGCCCAAUGCAAAUGGUUUCCCGGCACACAAGAAACGGACGCCGAGAGUAUCUGCCUUUAAGCAGCAGCGCGCUGCCAAAGACCAACAGACCACGGCAGCAUCGAAGCCGCCAACAAGAACGCAAGAUGCGCCCACAUCCAAACCACGAAGCGCUUUUGCCCCCGACCCAGACGAAGAGCGAAGGGCCAUAGAUGAAGAAAACAGGCGCACAAUUGCAGCCAUGUCGGACGCAGAGAUUGAGCAAGAACGCCAGGAACUCAUGUCAAGCCUCAAUCCUGCGCUGCUGCAGAAGCUCCUCCUGCGGUCCAACAUUGACCAAGGAAGCAACGAGCAGGACUUUCCCACUGAGCCACCCGCGCCGCCAGUCCCAGACAAAAAACCAGAACCACUGCCCAGCAUGACAAGCACAAAAAAAGUCUCCUUCGCAGCGCCCCAGCCCGACAACGAACCACAGCCGCAAGACCCCCCAGCUACCGCCACCACCGAAACCGCCUCAUCAGCAGCCAUACAAUCCGCUCUCGAACAGCAAACCACAGACUCAAUACACUUCCCGCAGCCACAGCAACCCCCCGACCUCGACCCCAACGACCCAGCCUUCCUCAAAAACCUGCACGAAAAAUACUUUCCCAAUCUCCCAUACGACCCCUCGACGCUCUCCUGGAUGGCGCCCAUCGAUCCCUCGGACAAGAAAUCGCCAUACCACCCCUCUCAAACCGCCUUGAAUCCCUCGGAGCUGCGCUUCGACUUCGCCGGCAAUCUGCUUGCGCCCAGCGUUGCGCGAGCAAUCCCUACAGACCGCGGAUUGCACCACCAUGCUGACGCCCCAGAGGCAGCCGGCUACACGAUCCCCGAGCUGGCGGUGACGGCGAGAAGCAGAGUCCCCAGCCAGCGCUGCAUAGCGUACCAGACGCUUGGCCGCAUCCUGUAUCGACUGGGUCGCGGCGAGUUUGGCGUUGAGGCUGCGCAGCAGACGACAGAUGGGCCGGUGCGCGUGGCCAAGAAUCCCGCUGUUGUGGAAAACAAAAACGACGACGACGAUGACGAUGACGGCGAAUGGGUCGAGGAGGAUGUAGGCAGUGCCAUUGCAGCGGGGCUCUGGCAGUGCAUCGAAGACGGCAAAGUCAUCGAGACGCUGACUGAAGAAGCGAACAAGGACCGCGGCCAUCUUACUGCUCGCACCUUUGCCCAGGAAGCUCUGUGGAAUUGGCGCAGAGGCGGCGGCAGAAAAAGACAUGCCGUGUGAAGUUUUGACCAUCAAUCCCUCUUUGCUUGCACAUGCCCUAUAUAUACUACUUAGUUAGUUAGUUAGUUAUGUAGUACAUUGAUAUACCC